AUGGAGGAGGGACUAAUUAGGGUCUCACAUGGGGCGCUCGCUGACUGCCGUGACCCUCAAGGAACCCACCCCCAUGGUGGACCAGUGGGAAGUUCCCUGCAGCAGUGCUGGUUCUCCGCUCGCUGCAUUGCACACAUAGACGCGGAUUGCUUUUACGCUCAAGUAGAAGAACUAUCUGAUCCAUCCUUGCGGUUUCGACUCUUAGCUGUGAGACAAAAGCACACCGUGGUCACCUGCAGCCUUCGCACUCGGGCGGCUCUCGGCAACAUAAAAGGUAUCUCCGUCGCGAGUGCUCUGCGCCGCUGCCCCGCACUCUGCAUUGUUAAUGGAGAAGAUCUCACCAAAUACCGCAGAGUAUCCGAUAGGCUACUGCAGCUGCUGCAGGGGCAGCCCUGGCGCGGUGUACCAACAGUGCUCUCCUCUAGAGGUACACCAGAGAGGACAGAAGCCUCCACUGAGAUCCAGUGCUGCUGCUGCCGCCAGUUUACCGAAGCAGCACGAUCGGAAUGGUGUGAUGCUGCUGCGGCAGUCGCAGCGGACUCGGCUGCGGCUCCACGACCUGUGCAACGUCUGGGCCUUGACGAUUUUUUUUUGGAUAUCUCAGAAGCCUCUCGCGCAGUUGCAGGAUCUCUCUUGCGCAUCAUGUACCAGGUCUCUCAUCAGCUUUGUGCCUUCGUGUCAGAUGGGGGAUGCGCAGAGGGAUCUGGUUGCAGCUGCUCUCUGCGGCUAGUCAUUACCCCUCCACAGAAACAGCCUAGGGCGUCUGGAGUGUUCCUGCCACCCAGUGCGCUGCGGUGUCGCCGCUGCAGCCGCUGCAGUGGAAGGCUGCAGCAGCCUAUGGACUCCGGAACAACUAUCUCUCCGCCUUUCUCAGCAGCGCAUGCGGAGCUUGCGGGAGCCCCCUCCAGCAGCUGCUGCUGUGAGUGGGAGCUCUCUUGCCCCGCCUUUGUGUAUGAUGUCAAGGGAGAGGCAUCAUCUGCAAUGUGUCACGGGAAAAGGAGAAGUUCCGACAGCGCGGAGAGGCUGUUGAGCGAGCCACUUGCUUUGAAGCCUCUUCUUGCCUCGGUGUAUAACAACGUCCUCCUGGAGGAGGAGCUUUCGGAAAGCCCUGCUGGUGAACGCAGCUCCGCGAAGUCAAGAAAGCACCAGCAGAGGCAGGAACAGGGGCCUACACGUCAGCGGCUCAUCGGACUGGCUGCAGCAAUCGACGAUACGAUCGAGGCCUCCAGUUACGGCUUUUCAACGAUGCUCGACCCGCUUGCUAUGCUCGUUAACUUCGUGUCCUUCCUGAUGGCAUCAUGUGCAAUGCGCUUAGGUGCUGCUACGGCUCGGCGUUUGGCUGCUGCCAAAGUGAAUACCUGCAAAGAGCUCUUGGCCCUAUCGACCAGCGAUCUUGCAUGUGUCUUGUCUACAGCCGUCUCCUCUCUUUCCAGUGCAUCUUCGAAGCUCCCCCAGCAGCAGCGGAAGGGGCUCCAGACAUUAGGCCUGUCCUCUCCAGGUGUAUGCACACCAUCAGAAACCGCCGUAGCCCAUGCAAAGCGGUUGAUGCUAGCUUGCUCGGGAGACGAGGCCGAGGCGGUGGAAGCGACGUCCGGGGCACCAAAGACUGUGACUGCAGAAGAUUCCUAUGCCGCACGGCCCAUCAUCACUUGGAGCUUUUUAACGCAAGAACUCAAGAGACUCCUUGGGCGGCUGCUACUGCGGCACGAAGAGACAACCAGUCGCUCGGGCCUCGUUGCGUCGUCGUUGCGUGUAUCUGUAGGGUGCGCCUGUGGCAGAUUGUGUGUUCUUCAGGAUAACCCCGGGUUCGAUGGUCCUUUUGGCGGUCCGCUACCGCGUCAAGCCCUAAAUGCUCUCCCUCCCAAGCUGGAAUUCCCUGAUGGGGAGGAAGGCACUGCGGAGAAUACGUCUGCGCAUCAUGUUGAGUGCCUAGGACAGGAACAAUGUACAAAGCACCUUCAGCACUUUGAGAAUCCUCUGCACACCGCACUGUCAGCGCUGGCCCUUCAACUCUUUGGGAAGGUUUUUGAAGUCCCCGUUGGGUCGAGCGCAAGGCCCUUGAGUGAUAUCAGCGUCCUAAGCAUUACCUUCGCGGGCUUCUCGCCUCAAGGUACUCGUAUGGCAGAUGUGCGGGAGACACGCAGAAAAAGCGGAGACAGUCCACGUACUAUUAAAGAUUUCUUUUGCCAGCACGCUGUAACCAAACGGCAACAGAGAGAACUCGAUUACAAUGAGUCAUGCAGCGCCUGCUCGCCACAUUCAUUAAGGCAUCCCAAAGGAACUGAGUUGCUUACAGUGGAGCCGACAUGUGAGGGGAGACAGAGCGUUGGAUCUGAGGGUGAGGAAGCGUUUGCCAGAGCAGACAAAAGUCCCAGAGGGGCUUCCUCCGAGAUCUCACUUAGCCUCAACUGCCGCGCUUGGAAAACUCAGGAAGACGAAGGGGAUGGCGACUGCCAACAGGAGGAAAUAACAAGAGCUUCUGGUCCAUGUGCCACGGUUUUACACCGCAAUAAAAUUGAGAUCAUCAGUAUCUCCUCUCGUGAGUCGUCUCCGAAUUCUCGUGGAUCCUUGUCCUCUUCACCCACUGACGAAUGCGAGGGGUGUAUGAACAAUAAGGCCACCAAAUCAAAUGCAGUAGGAACCCCCGUAGGCUGCCACACAGGCGACGAGGUGGUGGCGGUAGGGAGGCGUCUGUCAGCUUCAUCCCAGUGCGAGGCCUCAGGCUACCAAUUAGAGCAGCCCCUGCCAUGUACUGACCAAGAGAAUAGAGGCUUGCAUAAGCACGAAUCAACGAAGGUAAAUGCUCAGAGAGGAGUAAAUACACGCCGAAUAAUGAGGCAGCCGAUGUCUGAACACCGACCAGCAGGUUUCAAAGUGCAAAGAGCUUUCACACGGGAAAAUGCAAGUGAGAGAGCCUCAGAAAUAUCCCCCAAAGUAUCGUGGGGCUGCCUAGACUGCGAGCCAGCUCGCUUUCCGGCCAGUACACAUAAGGGAAACAAGCGACCGCCUCUACGGAACGACGAAGCGGCAAGUCAGAGAAAAGCGGGGCGAAAAAGCGGGGUAUCGAAGCCACCUGUGAACCUGACUCAUUUUUUCCCGUUUACGUCGCCAAAGAAAGACUAG